AUGGUGGGUGGCUCCUCGAUACCGAGCCAGCAGAAGGGCUUGAACACCACCCCCCAAGGCCCAUCAUCCUACAAGUCGAUCGCACUGGGUAGGACCAGUUACGAACGCGAUGUAGGGGCCGUAUCGGGAGGCUUGCAGCCUCCGGGCAACUCGUCGGCAAGGCCUACGCCAGGGUCUUCGCAGCGAAACGCCAGUUAUAACACCACCUUUGCGCCUGGGAGUUUCAGCUCGGAGCUACGCAGCCAGAUGAAUAGCCGUGCGGGGAGCAGGGCAGAGUACGGCUCGGUAUAUCCUGGGAGCAUCAUGAGCAAGGUGGACGAGGACGACAUCGAAGCCUUGGUAGAACAAAACAUUGCCUCCCUCAAGGAUAAGCUGAACCGAGAGAUGAAGAUCAGGGAGGGCAGCGAGAACAUGCUCGAGGCCAUCAAUGCCAAAAAAGCCAAGCACACCAAGGACCAGCGGCAGAAGGUGGAAGCGGAACUGGCUGCGAGCAGCACGCGAAUCAAGGAUUUACGACAGAGGAUAGCGGACGCACAGCAGAACCGAACAGUAGCUCCAGUUCCUACGACGCCAACAAAGCAUCGAAAUAGAGAUCCGGUCAACGACAUCCGCUCACCCCCCAGCGCAUCGAGGUCCGGUGCCGGAUCUGAUAUUGAGGAACUGACUGAGAGCCCAACGUUCGCUCUGACGGAAUUGCUCCAGUCCCUUGAGGUUGAGGGUAUGAUGCCCGAAUACUACGUUUCCCGUGCUAACCAAUUUGUGGACUUGUUCAAGCGACAUCCAACUCUCAAGUACGAUUUGGUCUGGUCUGUUUUUGGGCUACGCAUGCAGGUCAUGCUCCUCAGUGAAAGUCGUGAGGUUGCCGCGGCUGGAUACCGCAUGACGAGAUAUGCCAUUUCUGAUCGCGCCUCACUGAGAACGAUCAGGAGCCUCAAUACCGAUUUUCUGGUCGUGCGAUCUCUGAGCAACUACAGGAAAGCGGACGUGGAGAGAGAGCAGGCUCUCAAGUUUGUUCGUGCCUUCUUGGAUGUUAAGGAUGGAGUAAAGGAGUUGUCCCGAGCCAUUGUACGGACUAUUGUUGCCGUCGCUGAAGCUGGAGAGGAUCGUCGAGGUAACCCAGUUGCCUCAGAGAUGGAUGCUGAUCGGCUACGGCCGAUUUGCAUCGAGACUCUCGCCGAAAUCCUGGUACGAGAUCCGCGAUUGGUGCUGGCCUCGGGUGGCAUGAGUCCCCUCUCAGAAGCACUAUCUGAAGGAACCUACAAGGUUCCUGAGAGUAUAGCGUCCGCUUUCAUGUUUCUCCUUGACAGGCCAGAGAGGCGGAAGUACCUGCAAGCUGGCUAUGGUCUAGAUUCCCUAUUCACGGUUUUCACGGACCAUUUGACGAGUGAUGAAACGACAAUGAAGCAGAACUCCAAGGCUAUUGCGGCGUCUUUGAAAUCAUGGCCUGGACUCAUGAGUCUCUGUAUGUACGACUUCCGGGCCAUUCGAUCCCUUGUUGCAAGUAUGAUCCUACCGAGCCCUCAAACUCGCGAGACUGUUCUCGACUUAAUGUUCUCCUUAUUAAGAAUUAAGCCGCCGGCAUGGGCGACCUCGUUCUUGGCAGGGCGAAGAUUGACCACAUAUGGGAGAGUUGCAAACCUCAAAUCUUCAAAUAAUAAAGAUCGAGGCGCGGCCCUUUAUCUUGAAGAAGAUGGUGGUGAGCAAAAUUUCGUUGAGCACUAUACUGCCCUCCUUCUCGCUGUCCUCAUCCGAGCUGGACUCCUUCGCAGCUUGCUGCAGAUCGCACAAACAGAGGAAGAUGACAUGGUGAAAAGAAAGACAACUUUGCUAAUUAGCGAGGUCUUGAAACUGGCAAGCCGGAUAUUACCACCCUCAUGGAGUGGAGAGCUGCAGCUUCUGCCUGAAUUAUUUUCAGCAGCCGCGAAAAUCAAUGACGAGGGCCACUUUCUCGCGUCUGGGAUUGUAUAUCAAAUCAGCAGCGUCAGCCGGACCUUGUACAGAAGUGCCCCAUCGGGUUCGAACCCUGGGGCCCUGCCAUCAAGUAACAGUAUGAACGACCUCACUGCUCUUGAAGAGCAGCCCAAGGCGAAUUCCUCUGUUGUGUUUGAUGAUGCAUCGUUCCGCCAGCUGCUUAUUGACACUGGUGUGCUCAAUCAUUCAAACUACACAAAGUGGAAUUGGGACGUCGUAUUGAGAGUGAUUGAUGGGCCCCUUCAGGUUGGUAAACGACUUGAAGAGGCCAUCAAGGCUUCCAAGUUCAUGAAGCGCCUCAUGAGUUUCUACCGUCCCUUCAAGUACCGAUUCGCGGAAAUUAAAAAUACACGAAGUACUCAGAAGUACAUUAAGGUAGGGUGUGCGCUGGUACAUUCGCUUCUCCAAUCUCCUGAAGGUGUUCGGGUGCUGGCAGACAGCAAGCUGUUGAGGCAAAUUGCAGAAUGCCUCGCCCAGUGCGAUCCCACAAGCGGUUUGACAGCGCAAUACCCAAUGUUCUCAAAGGACAGGCUUGUAGACACGCUGUGCUCGGGAUAUUUCUCAAUGCUGGGGGUCCUGAGCAGCGAUCCCAAAGGUCUCCAACUUCUCGAAAGAUGGCGCAUGUUUAACAUGAUGUAUCACAUUGUAGACCUCAAACAACGGCCAGACCUGAUCAAAUUAUUACUGUCGAAUUUCGACUACAGCCUCCAGGGACACCCUCGUGUCCUGUUAUCCAAGGCUUUGACAGCUGGAACCAAGGACAUGAGGAUACAUGCUACCAACGCCCUUCGAAAAUAUGCGAUCCGUUCUGUACCAUCUGUUCACAGCCAAGGUGGUAUUAGCGAUUCAAAAUGGGCGAUCCAACUCCUCGUGACCCAACUAUACGACCCCGAGAUCGACGUGUGUGCGACAGCUGUCAAGAUCCUCGAGAAUGCGUGCAACCGGAAAACUUAUCUUGAAUACAUUGUUGAAUGCCGACCGUCGCUUGACCAUCUAGGAGAAAUCGGUGCGCCUCUCCUUCUCCGAUUUCUAUCUACAUCAAUCGGUUAUCAUUAUCUGGACGGGUUAGACUACAUCAGCAACGAAAUGGACGACUGGUUCUUGGGACGUAAUGACACAUAUGUACAUGUUAUUGAAGCGAGUUUAGCGAAGUCUUUCUUCAUGGACUCGGAAGAACAAACGAAUCGCACGGGGCUGUUUGACGAGAACGAUGCUGACCCCGAUUUUCACGAAAGCCACGUCCCGCCACACUUUUACCGGGAGCUUACACGUACGCAAGAAGGUUGCAAAUUGUUACGUGAUAAAGGCCACUUCGAGGAGUUUGCUAGCACCAUUAACAGCUACGGGAUGCAAUCAGCAGACGCAGAACUGCUCACCAAAGUCAAAGGUUGCCUCUGGGCUGUUGGUAAUGUUGGCUCCAUGGAACUGGGGGCACCGUUCCUUGAAUCAUGCAACGUGGUUGAACAGAUUAUUGAGAUCGCGGAGAAUCACGAGGUCAUGAGCUUGCGUGGUACAGCGUUCUUCGUUCUAGGUUUAAUCUCGCGCUCAACCCACGGUUUGGAAAUCCUCGCGGAGCAUGGCUGGGAAUCCAAUAUGACACAAAUGGGCAACUCAUUGGGUUUCUGUAUCCCUACCAAUCUUUCCAAGCUAUUUUCGCUGAAGCCGUGGAAGCACGAGAGGGCCAACAACAUCACGCUCCUGGAUACCCAACGUACGAUACAAGAAGCGCCUUCUGCACAACCAGCACGACCGCCAUUAGAGCCAUCAGAGAUGCCGCUGAUUGAAACUGAGGCCGAGUUGACGCAGCGUGUUCAAGAGCUCAUUGUUGACUUGGGGAAUAUGGUUCUUUACAAGAAGACGCUCGCGGAGCUCCAGAAACUCAAGCGACGAAAACCCACGGCCUUCCAGAGCACCAAGUUCUUCAGGGAGAUUAUGGGCUUUAUGGAAUACAACCACUACCGCCUCGGCGUACGGAGGAUGGUGAUUGAUCUAUUCGACAAGAGCGUCAUGAGGCAGAUUGUCUUUGAGGAUGACGACAGCGAGAGUAGUGAGGACGACAGGACCAAAGAUCAGGUCGGCGGCAUCAGCGAUCGCGGCGCUCGCACUCGCGCUGGCGGCGAGGAAGGGAGUAGCUCCGGGGACGACCGAACAGAAAGGCAAAGGAGCGUCAGCGAGCCCAUGGAAUUCAAGCCGGACAUGGGUCGGUCCCGGUUGAGGCGAUGA